AUGAGUCCUGGGCUAAAAGAAUGUAUGGAGGACCAAAUGGUGUCUCUAAAAGAAAUAAAACAAGAUCUAGCUUCUAUUAAAGAAUCUCAAAGUUUUCAAUCAACAAAAUAUGAUGAGAUUAUUGCCAAGCAAAAAAUAACAGAUGACAAACUUAUGCUCUAUGGCAAAAAAAUAAGAGAUCUAGAAGAGUUGGUCUAUGACUUGGAGGACGAAUUAUACUAUGCCACAGAAAAAAUUGAGGAACAAGAGCGCCGAUCUAGAUUGGAUAAUCUAGAAUUUCAUGGCAUCGCACCUAAUGAAAAUGAGGACACCGACAAAUUGAUAACAGAAAUUGGAAAGAUCAUCCACGUGGACAUCAAACCAUCUGACAUCUCUGUAACACAUCGUUGUCCAACGCGAAAUUCCAACAUCCAUAAACCGAUUGUCGCAAAAUUUACCAAUCGCAAAAUCAGAGCUAAAAUUCUCAAAAAUCGUCACUUGAUCAAAACCGCUACCAAUUCAACAUCCAUAAGGAACCUAUCUAAAGCAUUUGUUGUUGAGAAUUUGACCGACAAAAACAAGAACUUAUUUUACAAAGCGAAAAUUCUCAAAAGACAAUGUGGUUACGCCUUCCUAUGGACAUCAAAUGGCAAAGUGCUGAUAAAAAAGAACAAAGACACUAACACUUUAUCCAUAACUGAAGAUGAAGAUCUUGAUAAAAUAAGAUGA